AGCAGUAGUGUCACGCAACGGCUUGUGGAGUGCGGGCGUCCUGCCGACCCUCUGUGCGGGCCAAACCCAAUCUGUUCUCUGUCGCUGCGCAGCGUGACUCCACAUGUGUUUCAAGUUUCUGUUAACCUCACGGGCUGUGCUGCCGUGCUGUCAUCGGGCAUUUGGCCGAUACAUGUGAACUUUUAGUGCUAUUCUUUGGCAACAUCUGUUUAAAUACUCGCACAAUUGUUUUAACCAGUCAGUGUGAGAAGUGAUCUGUUGCUGCUGAUUGUUCAAGGAUAGCCUGAGAGUGAACACUUACGUCAGGAGAGCAAUGUCAUCACGGAGUUAGGCCGCGGCCGAACAAAGAUCAUGGAGCCAAGAUGGUGGCGAGCCCUUGCCGUGGUGCAGGGCGUGGCGUCCAAGGGGUACUGGCUGCUCCUGCUGCUUCUCUUGCUGCUGCUGCCGCCACCACAGGCCGCCGCCUCCGGGCCCCCCGCGGAGAGCCAAGGUGAGUCUCCGCCCGUCACGCCAGAGGAGGUGCCGGCCGUGGAAGUCUUGGGGCAGGAGGAGUAUAGUUACAAUACCAGCAGCGUCCAGGGCGACUCUCCGCUCCUGCCUGACGACGCCGACGAUUUCCUUCCGCCCAUCAUAUCGACGGAGGCGCCCUUGGAGAACCCGAGUCCGCCAGGCUGCUCCUCGCCGCUCGGCCUCACUACCGGCGACGUCCUGGACUGGCAGAUCUCCGCCUCGUCGUCCUACCCGGCGACGUGGGACGCGGGGUGCCAGGUCAAGUACGCCCGCCUACACCAGCCCAACGGCCGGGCGUGGUGUGCCGGCAGGAGGGCCGCCGGCGAGUGGGUCCUCGUGGAUCUCGGCGUGCCGGCCAAGGUGACCGGCCUCCUAACGCAGGGCAAAGGGGACGACGAGGAGUGGGUGACGUCCUUCGAGCUUUCCUACUCCCUAGACGCCUACCACUGGCACUUCGCUCGAGACAUCUACAACAACAAAAAGGUGUUCCAGGCCAACGUUGACUCGCACCAGACGCGACACAACUUCGUGGAGCCGCCGGUGCUGGGCCGCUUUGUGAGGCUGCACGUGCUGGAGUGGCACACCCACCCCUCCAUGCGCUUCGAGCUGCUCGGCUGCCAAGAGUGCAAGAUGGUGAUCAGCGAGGGCUCGGACGUGGUGCUCACCGCCAGCUCGCACAAGCCGUGGCGCCGCAGCAAAUCCUGCCAACCUAAGGACGCGGCGCUCAACUCCCACCGAGCCUGGUGUGCCCGCAGGAAGGACGAGCACCAGUGGCUGCAGUGGGACUUGGGGCCGCCGCACCUGGUGACCGGGGUAGUGACGCGCGGCCGCGGGGACACGGGGCGCAACCACUGGGUCAAGGCCUACACCCUCACCUAUUCCAACGACUCCAAGGUCUGGUUUACCUACAAAGACGGCAACCACCUCGAUACUAAGGUGAGCGACAAGGUGUUUGGAGGCAACCUGGACAAGCACACGGAGCGGCGCCACUACCUCAACUCCCCCUUCAAGGCCCGCUACGUCCGCCUGCACCCCCAGCGCUGGAGGAAGUCCAUCGCCCUGCGCGCCGCCCUCAUCGGCUGCCCACACAAAGGGGACUGCGGCGAGGGCUUCUUCCGCGUCACGCCCGAUACUAGCUGCGUGGAGAACAUCGCCUACAAGGGUAGCACUUGGGUCAACGACAAGAGACACUCGUGGUCAGACUGGAACUACGGCCCGGCGAGCCUGGCCGUGGACGGGAACCAGGACACGACCCUGCAGUCAUGCGCCGUCAUCGACAACGACAGCGUGGACGAGCCCGUGUGGAUGGUGGACCUGGGCAAGCGGCAGCAGGUGCGCGGCCUGGUGCUGCUCACCUGGCAGGGACGUGGCCAAGACCAGCAGACCCUGUACCGAGACUACGUGUUCGGCCUUGAUCGCCUCACAGUCUUCGUCGAGAACCAGCGUCGCCUGGACACAUUGUCGCCCCAGGACCACAAAAAGUGCGCCUCCAUUACAAGGCUGAACAACGCUCUCUUCAGAGAGCGCGUGCACGUGGAGUGUCCACAGCCCAUCAAGGGUCGUUUCCUGUACAUCAAGGCGAGCGGGGUUGCCAACAGGUGGCACCGCGUCUUCUCCAUGGUGCUGUGUGAGGUGAUGGCGUACUGACCCGCCUCGGCUGCUCACCACGCCCUCACCGACAUCAAACCCGCCCGCGCUUCUUUCGCGGAUCAUGGUGAAAAGAAAAAUAUAAAUAACUAUUCACGUGACUGAGAAGCAAAUGGAAACGUUGCUUGCCACUCAGGAUAAUCAUGGAUAAUACCUUUUGAAAUGGCAAAGCUAUUAUGCCCUCAAAAGGAAAUAGUGAUGGACAGACUCACAGUUUGGGUGCCACGACGUUUCGUAUUCAGGAAUGAACAGUUUUGAGAUUGUAAAGUUAGUUUAUGUUUUGAAGAUGAACUGAAAUGGACAAAAUUCAUAGUUCAUUGUGGAAAGGGUGGAUCAUGACUUUGUGUCCGUGGAUAAGUGUUUCGUUGAUGGACGAAGUUCUCGGAGAUGAGGCCAGCGUGUGGUGUUGCAGGGAGCGCCUCGCCAACUUGGGGAGGCUCAAUGCAAAGUAUUAUACAGUGCGUCGCCUCGUGGCCCCUUCAGAGGAAUGUUCAAUCAUCAUCUUCGACGGUUCCUCUCUUGUGGUGCGUCGUCACACACCCCGCACAGGAGACCGAUGGACGCGACCCACGAAUACUGCCCCGUGCAUGCACUGUGUGUACCUGUGAUAUGGUAGACAAGGAACACGAGUUAAGUACAUGACAUGCUUUACCUCCUUACUUAAGCUAUAUUGUGUUUAGUAGUGCUGUAGGUUUCAAAGUGAUGUUCGUUUAUGUGCGCUAAACAGAUGCGUUGGUGAGAUAUAAAUAUGAUGUUGGCAUGUCGGUUUCGGAAAGGUUUCUGCAUGGGAACUUUUAUACUUGAUCAGUCUUGUUUGAGUUAAUACAUAAAAAAAGUGUUUCACAAAAUUAUAGGCCAUAUUUUGAUUCUCAUUGUUGUCAAGUGCCACUUUUGGUUCAAGGUAGCAUAUCCAGUCAGAAUUUGUCUGUUUAACGGUUGUCACAAUGAUGCUCAGCUCUUUGUACUUAGCCUAAUUCCUUCGUUGGCUGACAAAUACAACCUGUAAUAUAUUUAUCUAGGAUUUUGUUGCAUUAGGAGGAAUCUACGCGGUCAUCUUGAUAGUCUCGCUCCUAGGAACUACAGACGGACAGGCCGGCACGCACAACGCUGUGUAGCUCGGCGAGAGUGUGUGACAGGCCCGCUGCCGCCGCUGAGUUCAGCCGUGUAUUAUUGUUAUUAUUACUAGUGUGUGUGUGUGUGUGUGUGUGUGUGUGUGUGUGUGUGUGUGUGAAAGAGAGAGAGAUUAUAAUUAAAGUUACAAUAUUUUUAUUAUUGUACUGUAUUCAUAUAUGUAAAUAGAUAUGUUUCAAAAGAAGCAUAAGAUUGCAUGUAUAUUGAUUAUAAUAAUAUUAAGAAUGAUAAAGAUGCGUAAUAAUCACAACAAAUAUAUAGUAGUUAUUAUAAUGCUAUACGUAACUAGUUAUAUAU